CGGCUCCCUCUCGGCCAUCCUCGGCUCCCUCUCGGCCAUCUUCGGCUGGGCCCGGCCUAGCGGCUGUCCUGCGGGCGAGCGGCGGUAUGGCUAGAUCGAUACUAGCGGUAUGGAUCUAGUAGCAGUAGGAAGAAUUCCACGUCGUUACUAGAGAUGGCGUUGCAGAAGCUCACAGUCCGGUGGGGGAGACGGGCCUUAAAAGAAUUCCCCGCGAUCAGGAAGCAAUAGAUCCACCCGGGAGCCCUCAAGGAUGGAUGGAUGGCCUUAAGUGGGGCGGAAGUGCCGAAACGACAGUGGUCAGAGGAGACAUCGAUCCACCAUUUCCUGUUCAAACUUGGAUAAGCCCCGGGAAAGCUCGGCGCGCACUCCCUCCGCCCCCCGCACCGCCUUUCAACCCACCUGUAAUCAGGAAAGGCCGCAAUCUCUGAGAGGUCUCACGCGUCAGAAGCCCGCCCGACGCGCGGGAGCCUCCGGCCACCAUUUGCCGGGUGCAGGGCGGGCGGCGGGGGUGCUCGGGGGACAGAGAGAGAGAGAGGACAGAGAGAGAGCGAGCGCAAACGAGCGCGUCCCAGCAAAGAGGCAGAUCGAUCAAUCAAUCAACGGUAAACAAAACGCUCAAGGAGGGAGGGCGACCCCGGUGGGCCCCAGCGACCGACGGAUCGUCCCUUGCCCUCCUCUCCCCGGCAGAGCGUCUCCAUGUGCAUCAUCUUCUUCAAGUUUGACCCCCGUCCCACCUCCAAAACCGCUUACAGGCUCAUCCUAGCGGCCAACCGAGAUGAAUACUACCACCGGCCGGCCAGGCGGGCGGACUUUUGGGGGAGCGACAGCGAGAUCCUCAGUGGUCUCGACAUGGAGGAGGGCAAGCAGGGGGGGACCUGGCUGGGCAUCAGCAAGAAGGGGAAGAUGGCGGCCCUGACCAACUACCUGCAGCCGCAGCUGGCGCAGGAUGCCAAGGGCAGAGGUGAGCUGGUGACAAACUUUCUGACCUCCGACCUGGACAGCCUCUCCUAUCUGAAGAAAGUCUCCUCGGAAGGACACCUCUACAACGGGUUCAAUUUAAUAGCGGCCGAUUUAAACACCGCCCAGGAAGACGUCGUCUGCUACUACGGAAACCGUGGGGACCCAGAGCCCCUGCAGCUCCAUCCCGGAGUCUACGGGCUGAGCAACUCCCUGCUGGACACCCCCUGGCAGAAGCUGCAGUUCGGGAAACGUCUCUUCCUCCAAGCGGUCGGGCGGAGCCAAGACCUGCCCAAGGAAGACCUCGUUGCCGAGCUCCUCGCCGUCCUCAACAACCAAGAAACGCAGCUCCCGGACGCCCUUCUGGAGGAGCAGGGGCGAGGCCACGUCGAGCCCAUCCUGAGCCAGUACGCCUCCGUGUGCGUCCGCUGCCCGGGCUACGGGACUCGGACCAACACCGUCUUACUGGUGGACGCGGAGGGCCGAGUGACCUUCACGGAGCGCGCGAUGGUCGGUGAGGACGUGGACCGCUGGGAGACCAACAGCUUCCAGUUCAGCCUGAGGGGUUGACGCCGGAGGGGGCGGCCCGCCCGGGCCCGCGGGGAGGCCUCCGGGGAGCGGCGGGGCCGCGGGGAGGGCAUGGCCGGGCAGGGGAGCCGGCCGCCCUCAGGCUCGCCCCUUCCCCUCCGCCCCCAGCCGAGGAGCAGGGAAAUUCGGGGCGCUUCCCCCGACCGUCCCCAACGCCCCGGGACCCUUGGACUCUCCCGUCCGUCUCCCGGCAUCCCCCGUCGUCGUCCGGCCGGCGGCCGGUGGGCGUCGCGCCGGGCUCUCGGGGAACACCCGGAAGGCCGAGGCGGCCCCGGGGUAGGCCGCGGGGAGGGAGGGCAAGGAUGGGGGCCUCUGGGCCGUGCCCCCAACCGGAAAGGCGGGGGAGUGAAUAUCUGGUUGCCCCGACGCUCCGCCCGGCACCGUAGAAUCCCGCCCGCGCCCUGUACGGAGCAGAGGGGCACGGUUGGGGGAGGCCGGGCACCGCACCGUCUCCGACCCCGACGGCGACGGCAAGGGGCGGAGGACGGGCCGUCCGGGGGCAGCCGUCCCCCCCCCGCCCAAGCCGGACACGGCCUCACCGAGCGGCGUCCGCUCCGUCGGGUGUCGGCGGCUCCCCGGGAGCGACCCAGGCUCCUAGGGGUGCGGGGAGGAAGCCACCCGGGGCCACCGUGGACAAGGGCCCGGCCCCCACGGGACCACUCCGGUGAUGAUGGCCCCCGGGGCGACCGCUCCUCCAAACCCGUCCGCGUCUCUCUCUCGGCCUCCCGUGGAAUCUCCUGACCUCCGGCUUCGUGGUCCUCGGUCACCUCUCCCCCUCGCCCCACGAAGGACGGGGCCCGUGCCCGGCUCCUAUCCGUGACGCCUUCCCAACGCUUAGCCCGGUGCCCCGCGCGCAGUGAGAACUUAAUAAAUAUCAUUACCACCGCACUCACCUCCUCCGACUCCAAGCCAA